CUGGCAAGAAAUUGGGUUGGUGACUGCGUGGAUAACCAUAAGCAAUGCAUAUAUUCUAAGGGUGAUACCGGCUGGUAUCCAACAAGACUCUUGGACCUCGGUGAAUCAACAGAGGACUUUGUGUUGAACAAACAGAAAUACCCUCAGCUUAUAAAGGGGUUACCCUUGGAUUCGAUGCCCCGGUUAUUCCAGGAUACCAUCUCAGUUGCGUGCUCACUUGGAGUGCAGUAUCUAUGGAUCGAUUCACUCUGUAUAUUCCAAGACAAGGACGACAAAACCGACUGGGCGCAUGAAGCAUCACUCAUGGACAAAGUGUACUCACACUCUUACUGCAACAUAUCCGCAGCAGACGCCGAAAACUGUUCAUGGUCGCUAUUCAACGCCCGAGAUCCUCAUUCCAUCAAUCCGGAAACACUCACCCUGGAUAUUGUCAGCGAUGAAAUUGGUGGGAUGAUUCCGGUUCAGUUUUACGUGUAUAAUUGUGAUUUUUGGUUCGAGCAGGUUAGCACCGCAUUGGUAAACAAGCGUGCCUGGGUCCUCCAAGAACGCAUCCUAGCCCCUCGCGUCCUGCAUUUCGGAGAACGCCAGUUAAUGUGGGAGUGCUGUGAAAAAGACGCGGCAGAAGUGUUUCCUCACGGGCUUCAUCCGGAACUUGCGGCAUCUGGAAAUGUGCGAUUUAAAUCCUUCAAUCUUGAGCUGGAUCAGGUGGCGCGGCUUUUAUGGAACCGGAUCAUUUGGAAAUACACAGGAUGCGACAUUUCUCGGUCUGAAGAUAAACUGAUUGCCUGCUCGGGGAUAGCGAAAAGAUUUGAAUCAUUGCUACAAGAUACCUACGUAGCUGGCAUUUGGCUUGGGCCCGGACUAAGGCCGGGCGUGUACCGGGCUCCUUCCUGGUCCUGGGCAUCAAUUGAUGGUGUUAUCUGGCCGUCUACGUGGCCUCAAGAUGGCUGUCUGUUCGAAAUUGAGGAUGUGCACCUCAGCUACGCGACGCCCGACAAGACGGGUGGUAUAACGGCUGGCUGGUUACGCCUGCGCGGAGUUCUU